AAAGAAAAAAAGAAAAAAAGAAAAAAAGAAAAAAAGUAGAAAAAAAACAGCAGUCAGAAUUGGAUGGCAGAAAUGUAAAUUCGAGCAAACCAUCGUUAGCUGACAAUGAAAUGCGAAACCCAAAGUCACGCGAGACUCGGCAAUAGAGUCAAAAACGAAACAGGAGUCUUUCUUAAAGACUUUUCUUCAGUGACUCACAAAGGCUCUCUCCUCCUUUCCUUCCUUUCUCGUUUCCUGAUGAAAUCUCAUGUCUCACCCAUCUCGUGAUUUCUUCUAAGAAACUGCUUUAAUGUCAAAUCUGGAGUCUCUCUAAUCCUUUCUUCACGGUUUGAUUACUUCCCUCAAUUAAAAAAGUAAGAAGCUUUAUUCCGCAGAGGGGUUUUAAGGAGAUUUGGAAAAUUUAGAGUUUGGGUUGUUUAGGCUGCUUUUAAGAGUUUGGGGUUUUUUUUUUAACUAGUUUGUGCCUAUGGAAACCCCUUGGAAGAAGCAGAGAUUGAAAGACACGGCUUUAUGUCGUUUAGGGAUUCUCUUUGCAGUUACAGUCUCCGUAGUUCUCAUGUUGGUCUCUGUACCCAGAACAGCUUUAAACAAUCCCUUCUCCGACAUUGAUUUUGCACCCAACCUUAAUGUGUCACUGCUAAGUGUCGCCAGAGGUAAUCCAAUCUCGGUUAGGCUGCAUAAGAGGAACAGUUUCCCACCGAGGAAUCUGGAUCUGUACCCGAGUCUGGGGAAAGACCGUGUGGUUAUCGUCUUGUACGUGCACAAUCGUCCUCAGUAUCUUCGAGUAACCGUCGAAAGCUUAUCCAAAGUCGAAGGGAUAAGCGAGACGUUGCUGAUCGUUAGCCACGACGGUUACUUCGAAGAGAUGAACAAGAUCGUGGAGAGUAUCAAGUUCUGCCAGGUGAAACAGAUCUUCUCGCCUUACUCUCCUCACAUAUUUAGAGAGAGUUUCCCUGGGACGACGGCGAACGACUGCAAGAACAAAGGUGAUGAGGAUUGCCAAGGCGAUCCGGAUCAGUAUGGGAACCACCGGUCUCCGAAGAUUGUAUCUUUGAAGCAUCACUGGUGGUGGAUGAUGAACACUGUGUGGGAUGGAUUGGAGGAGAGUAGAGAUCACGACGGCCACCUCCUUUUCAUUGAAGAAGAUCAUUUUCUUUUCCCUAACGCUUACCGCAAUAUUCAGACUCUCGCGACGCUGAAACGCGCGAAAUGCCCUGACUGUUUUGCUGCUAACUUGGCGCCGUCUGACGUGAAGUCGAGAGGGGAAGGGUUUGAUAGUUUGGUCGCGGAGAGGAUGGGGAACGUUGGGUACUCUUUUAACAGAAGUGUGUGGGAGAAGAUACGCCACAAGGCGAGAGAGUUUUGUUUCUUCGAUGAUUAUAAUUGGGAUAUAACGAUGUGGGCGACGGUUUUCCCUUCGUUUGGUUCGCCGGUUUACACCUUGAGAGGGCCUAGGACGAGUGCGGUUCACUUUGGGAAAUGCGGGUUGCAUCAAGGUAGAGGAGGGGAAGGUGAUUGUAUGGAUAAUGGGGUCGUGAACAUUGAGGUUAAGGAAACGGAUAAAGUUGUGAACGUAAAGAAAGAAUGGGGAGUUCGGGUGUUCGAACAUCAGCCUGGUUAUAAAGCUGGUUUCAAAGGUUGGGGAGGUUGGGGCGACGAAAGGGACCGGCGUUUGUGUUUGGAUUUUGCCACUAUGUAUCGUUUCAAUAGCAGAGAUGCAUCUCCUUGAGUGAAGCUUCUUAAGACUUCCGAGUAAACUAGUGGUGAUAUAGUCAGUAACUCUGUCCUUUUCACGUGGUAUUGUGACACUGUUGGCCUCGGGUUUCUUGUUGUAUUUUUAUUGUUAUGUUUUGUGUGUAUUAUAUUGCUCAGUGCCUCUUUUUCGAAAAGAUUCUGUCGCAUUUCUUACUAAUCGACAAUAGUUUCAAAGUU